CGUCCUCAAUGUAUUGCUAUCGGACCGAACGUGCUGCGGUUUGUUAUUAUUUUCUUUUGCGAAAAUUUUUGGUUAAAACAGAUAAAUAACAUAGCUGUGAAUAUUUAGGAAGCUUUAUUAACCCCCUGACAUGGCCGCCGUAAUACCAAAAAACCUUCCGUUGAUAAGGACCAGCACUCCGGCGCUGCAGUUCCUGCGCUUUCGGGGCAAGAUCAAUAUACAGCGGCCCAAGGAGCCGCACUACGAGCGCGCACGAGUGAUUGCAGUGACGCAGCCCAAGUACCCGGAGCCACCGAAAGCCGGGACCUGCUUCAGGACUCGGGCGGAGCGUACGCAACAGCAGCUGGAGAACCCCUACAACGAGAUCAUAGCGCGCGAGGUGCGCAACUGGCUGGAUCACUCCAAGCUGGUGGCCAUCUUUCACCUGAACUCCAUCACCGCCGACGAGAUCUUCCGCGUUCGCGUCCAGCUGCACAAGCAGAACCUGCAUCUUAAGUCCUACGGCCGCAAGAUCAUCGGUCAGGCGGUGGAGGGCACUCGCUACGAGGCCAUUCUGCCGUUAUUUCACUCCAAUCACUGCAUCAUCUUCUCGCCGGACCAACAGAAGAUCUCCACUCUGCUGAAAAUAACGCGGAAAGUGCCCCAGAUGGUCCUGCUGGGCGGCAUCGUGGAGAAAACCCUGCUGAGCAGGAACGAGCUAAUGGCCUACGCCCAAAUGCCUGGCCUGCAGGCGGCGCAGGCGCAACUAGUCCAAACCCUGAACCAGGCAGCCGGCAACCUCGUCCAGCAGCUGCAGGCGCAUCAGAACAGCUUCGUGCAAGUGCUCGAUGUCCAUGCCAAGGGGGAAGGUAAGGCGGAUGCCGCAGCUGAGGAGGAGUAGUUGUAGUGGAAUCCAUGUUUUUGUUAAAUAACAAGAAAAACUAAAGCAAAGUAUUGUA